AUGGCAGCCCGCAUGUUUGUGUGUGUGUAUAUAUAUGGGUUCUUCCUGCAACAUCCGAAUCAGAAGACAAGCAAACUCAAAGACAGAAUGAAGACAGCUCUUCUGGUGGGAUGCAACUACCCCAACACCCCCUACAAGUUGAAAGGAUGCAUAAAUGAUGUGCAUGCCAUGAGAGACGUGAUUUUGAAAAGGUUUAACUUUGAUCCUCAACAUGUUGAGCUCAUAACUGAUGAACCAGGGUCCCCAAAAAUGCCUACACGUGCAAACAUUAUGGCUGGACUUGCAGAAAUGGUGAAAGAGGCUAAAGAAGGAGAUGUCCUAUUAUUCCACUUCAGUGGACAUGGAGUUGAGGCAGACAUGAAACCAGGCCGGAAGGAUGAUGCGAUCGUGCCUUGUGAUCUCAAUCUCAUUUAUGACGUGGACAUCAGGCACUUGAUUCAGCAGCUGCCAAAAGAAACAAGCUUCACAAUCGUUUCAGAUUCGUGCCACAGCGGUGGUCUCAUCGACAAAGAGAAAGAACAAAUUGGACCCCAUAAGGGUAUAGCACCAUCGGUUGACGCCCAGAAGAGGGGAAUUUCACUUGAAUCAAUACACCAAGGCCUACAAACAGCAGCCAACGUCAUAAACGCCGCAUCAGACGUAUUGGGCACAACAGUUGCCUUCGGCACUACUGGAUUAGAUAUUGUCAGCAACAUUGGCCAUCUUUUGACCGGAAUCUUUCGAGACAACGUCAGUUUAAAAUUCCGACCCUCUCAGGAGCCAAGGUCAUUAACGGAGGAUGAGGGGAUUCUAUUAAGUGGGUGCCAAGCCGAUGAGCUAUCCCUUGAUUUGGAACCGGGUGACAAAACCCAAGGAAAGGCGUAUGGGGCCUUUACAUAUUCACUUCAAAAGAUUAUCAACGAGACCCAUGGUGCAUUAACCAAUAAACAGCUUGUGAUGAAUGUUAGGGAUGAAAUAACCAGCCUUGGAUUUCACGAGCAACACCCUUGCCUUUAUUGCAGUGAUAAGAAUGCUGGUACAGCUUUCUUGGCCACCAUUCCAACACCCUUAGCCUUUCCCAUGAUUAACGAGCUGGUGCCUAAAAAGAAAGCUGUUCUUGUGGGUUGUAAUUACCCAAAGACCCCUUACAACCUGAAAGGAUGCAUAAAUGAUGUGGAGAACAUAAGAAGGUUGAUUAUGAAAAGGUUUAACUUUGAUCGACAUUUUAUUAAGGUGCUGACUGAUAAUUAUAUACCAGGCUCAUGCGCUAUGCCUACGGGUAUAAAAAUUAAGGCUGCACUUUAUGAAAUGGUGAAAACUGCUAGACCAGGAGAUGUCCUGUUCUUCUACUUUAGUGGACACGGAACAGCUGUUCCUGUUUUGAAACCCGGUCAGCCUCUCAGACUGGAUGAAGCUAUCGUGCCUUGCGAUUUUAAUCUUAUCACUGACGUGGAUUUCAGGGAUUUAGUUAACCAACUACCCGAAAGAGUAAACUUCACGAUCCUUUCAGAUUCGUGCCACAGCGGUGGUCUCAUCGACAAAGAGAAAGAACAAAUCGGACCCAACACUUUACGGAAGGGCGAAAAAUCACCGGAGUGUAUAACUCGGGGUAAGAGCAUUGAAUUUCCUGUCAUACAUGAUAUCAUAGACCUAGUAUCAGAUGCUGCCCACCAAGCAACAAACAUAGCGGAGCAGUUUUUUGGAUUCUUCGGAAGGGAUAUUGUGUCUCUCAAAUUCAAUCACGAAGCUGCAAAGCAAAAGGGGUUAUUGGGUUUGCAGCCACAUGAAGAUAAAGGGAUAUUGGUAAGUGGGUGUGAAGCAUACGAGACAUCAUUCGACGUGGUCCUCGACGGAAACUCGUAUGGGGCGUUUACCGAUGCAGUGGUGAAAGUAUCUAUGGGAGGAUAUGUUAAAAUCAGCAAUAAGGAUCUUGUGACGAAAGCUCGAGAUAUUUUGAAGCAAAAUGGAUUUGAUCAAACCCCUUGCCUUUAUUGCAGUAAUGCCGAUUUAGAUGCAGAUUUCUUGGGUGAGGUUGCUUAACUAUUGAUCGAAAUGGUGUUGCUUCGGCUGUCAAAACGUAGAAUAAUAAUGUGAUAUAUGUUCAUCGUUGGUUGCACUACUAGUAAUGCUGUAAUAAAUUUGAGAGCAACUGCUAUCAUUGUUUAACCAAGGUCCCUACCUUCUUAUGUGUUAUCAUAUGUUUGUUUUGCUUGAAAAUCUAGAGCACCCUCUGUAUUGGAAGUUAAGGCUUUCAUCCUUAUUCCAUUUCCUAUGUUUCAUCAUAGUAAAUAAAUAAAUAAAGGUAUAAUAUCAAAUUUAACCCUCAA